AUGGAGAAGGUUAAGAUCAUUAAGGAACAGUUGAAAAAUGCCCAGAGUCAUCAGAAGUCCUAUUCGGAUGUGUGUCGUAGGGAUUUUGAGUUCAAAGAGGAUGAUUGGCGGAUUGGUCAUGUGGAUUAUAGGCUUGAGCUACCUCCGGAGAUGUCCUUAGUGCACCCGGUGUUUCAUGUGUCUAUGUUGAAGAAGGUGGUUGGAUACUCGUCGCUCAUUGUUCCGAUAGAGGCUAUUUGGGUUAAUGCAGAAUUGACUUGUGAGGAGAUUCCAAUUGCCAUUCCUGAUAGGCAGGUUCGAAAGCUGAAAAAUAAAGAGAUUACCUCCGUGAAAGUGCUAUUGCGAAACCAACAGGUUGAAGAGGCCACCUGGGAGGCGGAGGAAGAGAUUAAUAAGAAGUACCCUCAUUUGUUUGAAUAA